AUGUCUGAAGAAGAAAGGAACGUUGCUCGGAAGGAGAUUCAUGAAACAUUGAAUCUUUGCAAUUUUUGUGUGCGCAAUAUCGGCCUAUCUUUCAUAGAUAUACCAAAAAGUUUCUUCCAAAGUUUGACGUCUUAUCUAUCGUUCAUUAUGUCGUCAUCCUUAUUGGUUCUGAUGCUGGCAGGUUUUGGGAAAUUAAUAACGAUUUGGUAUAAGAGGCAUACAUUCAGACAAUUGGUAGUGGAAUUGGCGGAGAUUUGGCCAGUAUCCUUUAAAGACAGGGAUGGAGUCGAGAUAAAACGAAACAGUCUCUCAACACUCAAGCAUAGACAAUUGUUGUAUGCCUUUUGGAAUAUAUUGGGCGUGUGGUUGUAUAACUUGACACCGAUUGUCGUGCUCGUGUACCGUAAACUACGCGGUAUGCCUGCAGCUCUUGGCUACGUGUGGCAGAUGGCGUACCCGUUUGACAAAACCAAGCCCGCGGUCCACGGCAUCGUUUACAUCUUUGAAACAUGCGCUGGUUCGUCCUUUUGCCCUUAG